AUGCGUAUGCUUUCUGCCUGCUGCAAGAUGCACAACAUUAUGGAAGAUGGUAUAACAAUCGUUGAGGACCUAGCCAAGAGAAGAGAGCCACUUCCUAGCCUGGAAGCCAUCUACCUCAUUGCCCCAACCAAAGAAUCGGUAAGUCAUGUCCUUUGGUUAAUUAGUGUUUCGCGUGACAAGUAG